UGGCCGCAACAAAAAAGAUUUUCUAUCCCGCGAUUCCCUCUUCUCUCUCUCGAUUGGCGAUCACUAUUUAGCAGGGGAGAACAGGGGUCAAUCGCAUUCUUCCUCGAUCGGUCGAUCGAUCGAUCAAUCGCAAGAUGCCACGGCCGGAUGCAUCGUGCUCGCCAACGCUGGGCAGCCACAUCGCGCGGCGCCUGGUGGAGAUCGGCGUGAGCGAUCUCUUCGCGGUGCCAGGGGAUUUCAAUCUGGUUCUCCUGGAUCAGCUCAUCUACCAUCCAGGCCUCUCGCUGGUGGGCUGCUGCAACGAGCUCAACGCUGGCUACGCCGCCGAUGGCUACGCUCGAUCCCGCGGGGUUGGGGCGUGCGCCGUCACCUUCACGGUCGGGGGAUUGAGCGUCCUCAACGCCAUCGCUGGAGCUUACAGCGAGAACUUGCCAGUGAUUUGUAUAGUGGGAGGCCCCAAUUCCAAUGACUAUGGGACCAACCGGAUCCUCCACCACACCAUUGGCAUCCCGGAUUUCAGCCAGGAGCUUCGCUGCUUCCAAGCUGUGACGUGCGCACAGGCCGUGAUCCAGCACCUGGAAGACGCGCACGAGCUCAUCGAUGGAGCGAUUUCUACUGCUCUUCGCGAGAGCAAGCCCGUCUACAUCAGCGUUUGCUGCAACCUCGCCGCCCUCGAGCAUCCAACUUUCAGCAAAGAACCGGUUCCUUACGCGAUCUCUCCCAGGAUGAGCAACUACCAGAGCUUGGAAGCGGCAGUCACUGCCGCCGCGGAGUUCCUAAACGCGGCAGUCAAGCCGGUGCUCGUGGCUGGCAACAAGCUCAAAGCUUGCCGAGCGGUGGACGAGUUUGUGGAGCUCGCCGAUGCUUGCAGCUACCCAGUUGCCGUGAUGCCAUCCGCCAAGGGCUACUUCCCAGAGUCCUAUCCUCGAUUCAUUGGAACGUACUGGGGAGCCGUGAGCACUCCUUAUUGCUUGGAGAUCGUCGAGUCGGCCGACGCCUAUCUCUUUGCCGGACCGGUUUUCAACGAUUACAGCUCGGUUGGCUACUCGCUGCUCAUCAACAAGGAGAAGGCUAUCAUGGUGCAAAGCGAGAGGGUGACCAUCGGAGGUCGCCUCUCGUUUGGUUGCAUUCUCAUGAGAGAUUUCCUCAAGGCUCUGGCCAAGAGGCUCCGCAAGAACGACACUGCUUACCAAAACUUCCAGAGGAUGUAUGUUCCUGAGGGACACGUUGUGACACACGGCAGCACGGAUGCUCUUCGUGUCAAUGUCCUCUUCAAGCACAUCCAGGAGAUGUUGUCCAAGGACAGUGCAGUGAUUGCUGAGACUGGUGAUUCUUGGUUCAAUUGCCAGAAGUUUAAGCUCCCUGAUGGAUGCGGCUUUGAGUUCCAGAUGCAAUAUGGAUCAAUUGGAUGGUCAGUUGGAGCUACCUUGGGCUACGCUCAAGCGGCCAAAGACAAGCGUGUCAUCUCAUGCAUUGGAGACGGAAGUUUUCAGGUGACUGCUCAGGAUGUGUCUACCAUGAUCCGAUAUGGCCAGAAGAACAUCAUCUUUCUGAUAAACAACGGAGGCUACACCAUUGAAGUUGAGAUCCACGAUGGCCCCUACAACAUCAUCAAGAACUGGAACUACACCGGAGUUGUGGAUGCGUUUCACAACAAUGAAGGCAAAUGCUGGACUGCAAAGGUGAGAAAUGAGAAGGAUCUUAUCGAAGCUAUAGCCAAAGCUCAGGGCGAGAAGAAGGACAGCCUUUGUUUUCUAGAGUGCAUUGUUCACAAAGAUGAUACGAGCAAGGAGCUCCUCGAGUGGGGAAGUCGAGUCUCCUCUGCUAACAGCAGGCCUCCCAAUCCACAAUAAACAUUCCUUUUAUUUUAAUUUAAGAGUGCUUCUCACAA